CAACGAAAACAAAUCUUAACAAAAAGCCCAAAAUCUUCACAGGACUCUAUAUAUAUUUCCUAUAUUAGGGUUAGCGAUAUCUCUCGCGUAUUUUCAAACUUUCAUCUUUAGAGCUUGAGUAGCCGCCGCUGCAACACCUUUUCUCUAGAUCAUCUCAGAAUGGAGACUCAGCUUAAGCAUGCUGUUGUUGUGAAAGUUAUGGGUCGCACUGGAUCCAGGGGUCAGGUGACCCAAGUGAGGGUUAAGUUUCUCGAAGACCAGACUCGUUAUAUCAUGAGAAACGUCAAGGGGCCAGUUAGGGAAGGUGAUAUCCUGACCUUGCUAGAGUCUGAGAGGGAGGCAAGAAGACUUCGCUGAAGUGUUCUCAUCUGUUUUACUUAUUAAUGUUAAACUGCAUUGAACUGCUGGAGUUCGCAACUAUUUUCAAACAUUUUGGUAGUGUAUGAGUUGGGUGAACACUUCUGAAGUGCCUUAGUGUUUCUGAAUAUUGAGUUAAAUGUUGUUUUCAAUUUGAAUAUCUUGGUUUUCUAA